GGAAGAAGCCGGCGCAUGCGCAGUCCAGUUCUUCGUCUCUUGUGGGAAGGGCGAGGGUAACCUCCCGGCUUCGGGGGAGACUUCGGGUCAUGGGUACCCGCUAACAGAAGCCGUCGAGUGGAGAAGGGAGCGAGGUUGUACCCCUCCCCAGGCCUGCGCCAGUCAGCCUGACCCUCGACCUUCCCGCUUGGUGCUGCCGCCACCGCUGUCGGCUGAGGAGGGAAGAUGAGUUGGUUCAACGCCUCCCAGCUCUCCAGCUUCGCUAAGCAGGCCUUGUCUCAGGCCCAGAAGUCCAUCGACAGAGUCCUAGACAUCCAGGAAGAGGAGCCGAGCGCCUGGGCGGAGACCAUUCCUUACGGAGAGCCGGUUCCUCUUGGACAGUUCCACACUACUUCCUCUCUUGAAGGCCCAAAGUUAACCCAUGAACUAAUUAAUUAUGUGGUCGAAGAAGUAAGUCCCCCUGUCAGUGGAGGAUGGGAUACUUCAACCUGGGGGUUAAAAUCAAAGACCGAACCUCAGAGUCAACCAGUAACCUCUCCUAAAGCAAUUACAAAGCCAGUUCAGAGAACUGUGGUAGAUGAAUCUGAAACUUUCUUCAGUGCCUUUCUCUCUCCAACGGAUGUACAGACCAUUCAGAAGAGCCCAGUGGUAUCAAAACCGCCAGCUAAAUCACAGAGACUAGAAGAAGAAGUGAAAAACACCUUACAGGGAUCCUUGCACACAGGACAGUCAAGAAGAACAGAAACAACUGAGUCACAAGUAAAAGACCCUUCUCUUUGUGUAUCAUCUGGGGAAACUCUGGCAGUAGAUACUCUGUCAUCUAAAACUGAAGGCAAACAUGAAGAAACUGUUAAUAAAGAAUCUGAUAUAAAGAUGCCAACCAUAAGUUUGAAAGUAUCUGAGAGUGUAAUUAAUGUGAAAACGACUGGAGAAAAUGUAUCUAAUAUGUCUACACAGUCUCCUACAGCAGAAACAAAGGAUGUGGCUUCUGAACCUAAGGAACAAAAACAUGAAGACAGACAGAGCAAUACACCUUCUCCUCCUGUUAGUACCUUCUCAUCAGGUACUUCUACCACCAGUGAUAUUGAAGUUUUAGAUCAUGAAAGUGUAAUAAGUGAGAGCUCAGCAAGUUCGAGACAAGAGAAUACGGAUUCAAAAUCAAGUCUUCACUUAAUGCAGACAUCUUUUCAGCUUCUCUCAGCAUCUGCUUGUCCUGAAUAUAAUCGUUUAGAUGAUUUCCAAAAACUCACUGAAAGUUGCUGUUCUUCUGAUGCUUUUGAAAGAAUAGACUCGUUUAGUGUACAGUCAUUAGAUAGCCGAAGUGUAAGUGAAAUCAAUUCAGAUGAUGAAUUGUCAAGCAAGGGAUAUGCUUUAGUACCUAUUAUAGUUUCAACUCCAAAGACUAAAAUAGUUGAAUCUGUUGAAGGAAAAUCUGAGCAAGAAGUAAAUGAAACAUUAAUAAUACCCACUGAAGAAACCGAAAUGGAAGAAAGUGGACGAAGUGCAACUCCUGUUAAUUGUGAACAGCCUGAUAUCUUGUUUCCUUCUACACCAAUAAAUGAAGGACAUACUGUCUUAGAAAAGGUGACUGAGCAGUGCAAAGCUACUGAAAGUCAGCCAGAAGCACUUUUUGGGAAGGAAGAUGUUUGCAAGAGACUUGAAUUUCUGAAUGAGAAACUCGAUAAAAGGGAAGCUCAGUUAUUAUCUCUUAGUAAAGAAAAAGCGCUUCUAGAAGAAGCUUAUGAUAAUCUGAAAGAUGAAAUGUUCAGAGUGAAAGAAGAAAGCAGCAGCAUUUCUUCCUUGAAAGAUGAGUUUACUCAAAGAAUUGCAGAAGCGGAAAAGAAAGUUCAGCUAGCCUGCAAAGAGAGAGAUGCUGCUAAAAAGGAAAUCAAAAGUAUAAAAGAAGAACUUGCGACUAGAUUAAAUAGCAGUGAAACUGCAGACCUACUGAAAGAGAAAGAUGAGCAGAUCCAAGGGUUAAUGGAAGAAGGAGAAAAACUUUCAAAACAGCAGCUGCAUAGUUCUAACAUCAUUAAGAAAUUAAGAGCUAAAGACAAAGAAAAUGAAAAUGUUAUUGCAAAGCUGAACAAAAAAGUUAAAGAGCUAGAAGAAGAGUUACAACAUUUAAAACAGGUCCUUGAUGGCAAAGAAGAGGUCGAGAAACAACAUAGAGAAAAUAUUAAAAAACUGAAUUCUGUGGUUGAACGCCAAGAGAAGGAUCUUGGCCGACUUCAAGUAGACGUAGAUGAACUUGAAGAAAAGAACAGAAGUAUUCAGGCUGCUCUUGAUAGUGCAUACAAAGAACUUACUGAUCUCCACAAAGCCAAUGCUGCAAAGGAUAGUGAGGCACAGGAAGCUGCUCUAAGUCGUGAAAUGAAAGCUAAAGAAGAACUUUCUGCAGCACUAGAGAAGGUCCAAGAAGAAGCCCGUCAGCAGCAAGAAACAUUAGCCAUUCAAGUGCAGGACCUUAGGCUGGCACUGCAACGUGCAGAACAAGCAGCUGCCAGAAAAGAGGAUUAUUUACGCCAUGAGAUCAGUGAACUCCAGCAGAGACUCCAGGAAGCGGAGAAUCGAAACCAGGAAUUGAGUCAAAGUGUUUCAUCAACAACAAGACCAUUGCUUCGACAGAUAGAAAAUUUGCAAGCAACUCUAGGGUCCCAGACGUCGUCGUGGGAGAAGUUAGAGAAGACUCUUUCUGAUAGGCUUGGUGAAUCUCAGACCCUGCUGGCAGCAGCAGUUGAAAGAGAACGUGCAGCUACAGAAGAACUCCUUGCCAACAAAAUUCAAAUGUCUUCCAUAGAGUCACAGAAUUCUCUCUUAAGACAGGAAAACAGUAGAUUUCAGGCCCAGGUAGAAUCAGAGAAAAAUAGGCUAAGAAAACUGGAAGAUGAAAAUAAUAGAUACCAGGUUGAAUUAGAAAACCUAAAAGAUGAAUAUGUAAGAACACUUGAAGAGACAAGGAAAGAAAAGACACUGUUGAAUAGUCAGUUAGAAAUGGAGAAAAUGAAAGUUGAACAAGAAAAGAAGAAAGCAAUUUUUACUCAAGAAGCAAUAAAAGAAAAGGAACGGAAGCCAUUUUCUGUUUCUAGCACUCCCACAAUGUCACGCUCAAGUUCAAUAAGUGGAGUUGAGAUGGCAGGGCUACAAACAUCUUUUCUGUCUCAGGAUGAGCCUCAUGAUCACUCUUUUGGACCAAUGUCCAUAUCAGCAAAUGGAAGCAAUCUUUAUGAUGCUGUAAGGAUGGGAGCAGGAUCAAGCAUUAUUGAAAAUCUCCAGUCUCAGCUAAAACUAAGGGAAGGAGAAAUUACUCAUUUACAGCUAGAAAUUGGCAAUCUAGAAAAAACACGCUCAAUAAUGGCUGAAGAGCUAGUUAAAUUAACAAAUCAAAAUGAUGAACUUGAAGAGAAAGUGAAGGAGAUACCCAAACUUCGAACUCAGCUAAGAGAUUUGGAUCAAAGAUACAACACUAUUCUGCAGAUGUAUGGAGAAAAAGCAGAAGAGGCAGAAGAACUUCGAUUAGAUCUUGAAGAUGUAAAAAAUAUGUAUAAGACUCAAAUAGAUGAACUUUUAAGACAAAGACUUAGUUAACAUCUGAAAAUUACAUUCCCAUCAAACUGAAUGUAAACAUUUAAUAGCUAAAUGCAGACUACUAAUAAAUUCUCUUAUAGAAUUUGAAAGUGGAAUUUACUUUAGAGUGCAAAAAUUGAAAGUUUUAUAGUAUAUAGUAGCAAUAUUUGCAGUUAAAUUAUUUUGUGCAAUAUUUGAACUUUAUUUUUGAAACUGUCUUUAAAGAAUUAUUUUUAAAGCAUUUUUUUUGCCUUGAAUAGCACAAUACUUUACCCUUAUAUCAAUAUGGUUAGGGAAGGAGAAUGGUGUUCGUAUAUUAUAUUACAGAUAAAUAAUUAAUUCUAGCUAUAAUUUAUAUAUGUUUAUAUGUAUGGAGAACAUUUAAUGAGUGAUUUUAACAUUGAAACUUUGAAAUUUUUCACGCUUAAAUCUUAAUUUCUAAUUACAACUCAUGAAAAUGGACAAUAAGUGUUCAAGUAAAAAAUUAUUAAACCUCUGGUUAUUAAAUUUUGAACUAAGAAAUCGCACUGACACUGUCUGAGGUUUAAAGGGUAAAUAAUUUAAAUUAAAAAAUUUUUCUGCUCGGAACGUUUAUUUCACUCAGAUUUUACAAUUAAGCCUAUACAAAUUUUACCUAUCUGCAAAGAGCUGUAGCUAUUCAGAGUUAUCUAGGCAUGAUUGAAUAAUGGAAAAAUUUUACUAAUAAUGAUCUUGUGAUGAUAUCAGUAAUAUUUAAGUGAUUUAUCUUAUAAAAUGAAUCGGAGUAAUAAAAUUAUUAACCUAAUUUUCUCUUUAAAAAUUAAUCAUUCAUAUUUUGUAAAGCCUUAUUUUUGACACAUUAAAAAUGAAUGUUUGAUAUUACAGAAAAUUCAUGACAAAAUGAGAAAUUAUAGGAGUUAACUUUAAAUUUGACAUUUGCAAUUCUGUGUAAUUUAUCAUGUUUUUUCCUUGAAACUUUAAACACAAAAAUAGUGCAGAAUAGCUUUAAAAAAUAGCUAUGUCUUUCUCCAAAUGUUAUUUUGUUCAAAAGUUAACCAGGCUAUGUUUUAGACUUGUGAAAUAUUUUAAUACAUUUUAUUACUAAAAGUCAUUUAGCUGCCUUUACUUGCAAAUAAAAACCUUCAUUUAAUUUUUUGUUAAAUUUUAAACACUAGAACUUAGAAAUAUAGCUAUAAGUAAGCCAUGUUGAAGAAUUCAAAUGCUUUUCAGGGCAAUUCAAGUGACCUCAUUUUUGUUCUUUUUGUAUUCCAGAUAAUAUUUCUGUCACUGGAUCUCUGAUGUGUAGCAUUAAUACAUAUUCUUUGAGUGUGAGCCAAAUUUAGAAAAUUAAUUUUUUAUAUUUUAGUGGUAAAAAUCAGUGUAAUAGCUUUUUGUCACCAUGACUUUUUUUUUAAAUAAAAAAAUGACAAGACUAAUGGCAAUAAGAAAUAUACAGAAUUAGAAAAUAUAGGAAACUCAAGUUGCAAAAUUCUGUCAAGUGUUUGAAACUAGAAGUUUAGGCAUUAUUAAAUUGUUCUUUUAAAAUAUUCAUUAGCUAGAGAAAAGAUUUAAAUAAAACUCAGACCUUCCAAUUUCAUAAUAUUAAACAUUCUCUUCUCUUAACCUUAAUUAACAUAAAUAAAAUCAAUACAACUUAAAA